AUGGAGAGCCCGAACUUUACGCACGGAUCUGCUCCAAAUGAAACGGUUCAUUUGACUCUCUCCCACUCGACAGAGAUCGCUUUGCCCAUUUUUAUGUUCGCUGGUGGAGCCAUUGGGAAUAUAAUCGCAAUUAUCGUCCUUUCAGUGUCGCGUCAGCUGAGGAAAUCAUCCGCGUUUUACUCGCUGGUGUGCGGGUUGGCUGUCACGGAUCUGCUGGGCACCUGCUUGGCGAGCCCGCUCACUAUAGCCGAUUAUUUGGACAAGCGGGUGCUGAGGAACGAGCGCGUGUGCGAGUUUCACUCCUUCGUGUUGCUGUUCUUCGGUUUGACCGGACUGAGCAUCAUCUGCACCAUGGCAGCUGAGCGCUACCUGGCCAUCUGCUGGCCCUACGCGUACCAGCGCUGGGGGGUGGGCCGCUGUUUCGCGCGCAAGUUCCUUCUCUUUAUUUACAUAAGCCACAUUUUCUUCUGCUGCCUCCCCGUGUUGGGCAUGGCGGGGAGCGAGCUGCAGCCGUCCGAAACCUGGUGCUUCAUCGACUGGAAGGCCGCCUACACCCUGCUGUACGGCGCGCUGAGCCUGCUGCUCAUCUUGGGCACCAUCGCGCUGAACCUGGCGGUGUGCGGAGCGCUGCUGCUCAUGCGCCGCAGGAGCGCGCAGAGGCGCGUGAGCACAGCCAGCGGCCGCGGGAGGUGGCGGUUCCUGUCCUCCGCUGCAGAGACGCAGAUGAUCGCGGUGCUAGUGAUGACCUCCGUGGUGGUUCUGACCUGUUCCGCCCCGUUAGUGGUGCGUAUUUUUGCCAACCACUUUCAGUAUGACCCCAAGGCAGACCUGACCGCCAUCCGGAUUGCGUCGAUGAAUCCUAUCCUGGACCCGUGGAUCUACAUCCUCCUCAGAAGGUCCCUGUUCAAACGCCUGCUCGGUUUGUCAAGGAAACGCAGCGGCAGCCGCAGCAUUUCCCCGCCUUCACCACACAGCGAUCUGUUGUUUCCUGAUACGAUGAGGGACAGUCAUGUUUUCACCCAGCUGAUGUGCAACACAAACAUCAUCACCCAGCUGCCCGCUUCGGUCAAAUUCACUCCAUACGACACAGAGAGCUGUCGUCAGACUUAA